GAAAGGAAAAGGAAAAGGUCAAAGGGUGAGAGGGCCGUGCCAUGGAAAGGAAAUUAAAGUAUCCCAAAGACACAGGCAGAGGCUCAUCUCCUCUGUUUCAUGCGUGAUUGUGUGCUGUUCUUCUCUCUCUCUCUCUCUCUGUUAUUAGGAAGCGGCCAUUGACAGAAAGAAAUUCCCCUCUCCCGAGAAUCUCUCGGAGUGGAGCCAAAACCCCCCAACCCACCCCCUUUUGGGAAGGAAGUGCCCCUCACGAUCUCUCUCUCUCUCUCUCUCUGCUCUGUUUUUUUUUUUUUGGCUAUCAUUGGCUCAGAGUUUCGGAUCACCACAGGACUAUUUCCUCGUAUUCUGAACCCCUCUUCUCUCUCUACAUUUAUCUUCUUCUCUCUUUGGCCCCCUUUUGUUCGUUUCCUUGUUGAAGGGUUAUGCUUGUUGGGGCAUUCUUAAUUCUUUCCUGUUUACCUUUUUCUCGGAUUCUCCCUCUUUGACCCAAAGUCUCAACCUUUCUCGACCCAUUUUUAUUCAGUUUUCUUGGGCUCCUCCCACUUUUUGUUCUUUCCUCAUCGUCAAUUCAACAUUCAGAAACGGGGAUAAAUCUUAGUGGAGUAACUGUGGGGUUUUGAUUUCAUGUUUUUCUUGGCUGUCUCCUCCAUAGGGCUUGUGUCAAAUUGCAUUCUUUCUUGGGGGAUUGAUCGGUUGAGUUUGGGGUUUCUUGAGCUGUGAUUUCUCUGUCCUCCUGCCCCUGCCUUUUGAUGCCCUGUUGAUGUCUUUGGCCGUUGGAGUGGCUUCAAGUUCCAAAAGCAUGGGAUUUGAUGAGGAUAAGAAUGCCGCUGAGGUCUCCGAUAAGGGUCUGAAGACUCCACCAAAUGAGGAAGAGAAGGUUGAUGAUGGCCAUGACACUGAGGGGAAGAUCAUCAGAACCCCCAGCGAGAGCUCCAUUGGUGCCACUGAGGAUGAUGAAGAUGAGGACGAAGCCAAGAAGAUCGACCUCGGCCCUCAGGUCACUCUCAAGGAACAGUUUGAAAAGGAUAAGGAUGAUGAGAGCCUGAGGAAGUGGAAGGAGCAGCUUCUUGGAAGCGUGGACUUUGAAUCCAUUGGAGAGUCUCUGGAACCGGAAGUCAAGAUCUUGAGCCUAGCAAUCAAAUCCCCGGGCCGACCUGAUAUCCUUCUCUCAGUCCCUGAGAACGGGAAGCCAAAAGGCUCAUGGUUCACACUGAAGGAAGGCAGUCGGUACAGCCUAAAGUUUGCCUUCCAGGUCAGCAACAACAUCGUAUCCGGUCUCAAAUACACCAACACUGUCUGGAAAUCUGGCAUUAAAGUGGAGAACACGAAGGAGAUGCUUGGAACUUUCAGCCCACAAGCAGAGGCUUACACACACGAAAUGCCGGAGGAGACAACUCCAUCUGGCCUUUUUGCUAGAGGCUCAUACUCGGCCCGAACCAAGUUUGUUGAUGAUGACAACAAGUGCUACUUGGAGAUCAACUACAUGUUCGAUAUUCGGAAAGACUGGCAGUAGAUUGAUUUUCAGAUCCGAGAGGCAUCAGAAAGAAAUGAGAGGGAAAGGAGGAGAGGGCAUCUCCCUUCCAAGUAUUAUGACAUUCUGCUCUUGCUUGCCGUUCCACUCGAUACUGAUAUGUUUCCAUCGAACAGUGUAAUUUUGUUAUCUUCAAUCAGUGUUUGGGAUCUUCAUCUAAACAGCUAAGAUUGGAUAUCGGAAACUAAUGGGUACUGAGGAUAAUAAGUUGGGAUUAGAGAUGCUGAAUUUUUACACGUCCUUCGUUGAUACUGAGAGUAGUUCUUCCUUA